AUCCACACGCGAAGCGCGCGGCAAAUUCAAUUUGAAUUUCAAACGAGACACUAUUUUACUAGAUCUAUUAUUUAGUCUAUACAUUAUUUUUAUUUUAAAUUAUUUUUUGUGUUAAUCAAUUGUCAUGACAUAUUAAAGAAAAAAAAGUUGUGAAGUUUGGCGGGUUAAUGUGUGCGAGUGAGAAGGGGGAUAUGGAGAGUCCGGGCGAGGAAACGGGACGUGCUUCGCACCCCGCACCGCAGCCCAACGGCUCCAAUAAGAUUAUCGGAAGAAACGUGAAUGGAACAAUGGUUGUCACAUCAGCGCCAUCUAACGAAGCAGAGUUGCAGUUGUAUCGGGUGAUGCAACGAGCAAGUCUCCUUGCAUACUAUGACACCUUAUUGGAAAUGGGUGGGGAUGACGUACAGCAACUCUGCGACGCUGGUGAGGAAGAAUUCCUCGAAAUCAUGGCGCUGGUUGGAAUGGCCUCAAAACCGCUUCACGUUAGACGCCUCCAAAAAGCCCUCCAAGAAUGGGUGAAUAACCCUGCCCUCUUCCAGAUACCAAUCGUUCCAAAUAUUUGUCCUUCCGAAAAUCCUUUUAUCCAAUGCAACCAAAGACUACUAAAUAUACCAUCUAUGCCAAAUCUACCUCGCACUGUGGCCUCGCCUGAUAACAACAGGCCAAUGUAUAGUCCGUCCCCUGGUGCACCCGAAAACAGCUGUGGUUCCACCACAUCAGCCCCAAACGCAAGUCCGGUUCACAGCCAAACCAAUACAUUUACCAAAAUCGUCCUUCCUUCUUCUCCAGUAGCUCCUAACACGAGAUCCUUCUCUCCGCAAAGCAAUCCUCCAGCUUCCAGCUCCAGCCCAGGAUCUGGAACUUCGCCCCUUUUAACACCAGUUCUUUUAGAUGUUCAUGUACAUAAAUUGGCAACCGCCGCAGACAAAUUGAGCAAGCAUUUGCCACAAUUGGAACCAAAGCCGCAGAAUACUAAGAAGAAAAUGUGUAAAGAUCUGGAGCUGGUUAUGAUGAUGCCAGAGUCAGAUCCAAGGAGGAUGGAGGAGAUACGAAAGUAUGCGGCGAUAUAUGGCCGAUUCGAUUGUAAGAGGAAGCCGGAGAAACCGUUGACAUUGCACGAGGUAAUGGUAAACGAAGCGGCUGCUCAAAUGUGCCGAUGUGUUCCCGCCUUGCUCACGCGCAGAGAUGAGCUAUUCCCAUUAGCAAGACAGCUUGUCAGAAGGGCUGGAUUGCACUAUUCAAAGCAUGGCCUCCCUCCCACUCCAGCAGAGGAUAGAGAAAGAGAUGAAGAUGAGACUCCGAGCAAACGGCCGCGACAGGAAGGCGAAGAUGGUGUCCGAGCAAGUCCAGACGCAAGAAAUUCCAACCAUACUUGGUGGGGCAUGAAGACCGAGAGUGACGAUGCCGACUCUAGGUGCUCAUAUUCCAGUACCAGUACUCCACCACCUGAAACGGAAGAAUCCCGUCCUCAAGUCGUAGCAGCUCGUGGUGAUAGCAUCAUAGCAGUAGCUAAUCCAGCUUUACAACCACUUCCACCACCACAUCCAGCGAGAAAUCAUUCAAACUGACUCUCAGUCUUCUAGCAGAAAACUUCUCAAAGACACAGACGCACUCAUUACGUUAUUGAUAUUUCACAUUUAUGUAAUACUUCAAUGGAGAGACGACAAAUUACAAUUCGAUGUCAUUUUUUUGUUGGAAAGAUACAAAAAAAUUACAUCCAGCAUUAAGUUUUUACUUUACGAAUUUUGAGCAGUAGAAAAGUUUAUAAUAGAAAAUUGAAACUCAUGUGAAAAAUGCGUUUUCUUCUAUAUGAUUUUUUUAAUAAUCUGUAGAACAAGAAAUGAAUUGACGAAAUUUAUAAAGCGAACUACCGAACGACGGCACCAAAUUGAAUCAUAACUUAUGAGCUCGUCAUUGUUAGGAUAAUGUUGGCAUUAAAGAGAAAAAAAUAAGAGACGAAUAGACUAAAAAAUAUAAGUCUCUGAAAGAAACAAAAGACGGAUUGUGAAAAUUAUUAUUUAUACAUAAGGUAAAAAGAAAAAUAUAAUCGCUAUGACCAAAUUAUUAUGGCGAUGAGAAACACGGCAGUCAAAACACGUUUAUAUCAUGUUAUCGUAAAACUAAGCCAACAUUCGGCACACUGAUGACAGUGGUAAAAGAAGUACCAUAUACAAUUUUUUAUUUGACUAGCAUCUAAAGGCAAACAUAGCAAUCACGAGAUAAUACAAAUAUUAAACAAAACAAUUAAAAUUACAAUAAAUGAACGAAUUUCAAUUUUAAAGCAACUAUGGAUAUCCAGACCUAGCUCGUUUAUCAGACUGCCUAAUCUGGACAUGCAUGAGCUUUGAUCAAAAUGCGUUCUUCGGAAAAGGACAAAUGGAAUGAUUUAUGAACUAAAUAAGUAUCGUAUUGAGACACGUACUACGAUUUAAUGUUUUAUGCUUAUAAGCUUCUUCACUUAAAAUAAAUGAGAGAUACAAAAUUUUUAUUAUCUACGUCACACCUACACUUCCAAACAUUUUGGGUAAACACUGAUUUACAGAACACCACCACCAUUAUUCCAAGCUAAGUCACCAGAAUUAGCAUGAUUAUCUAUUUCAAUAAAAUAACUUUUAAAAGAACUUAUUAUUCGUAUGAACUUUGAUGAAUCAUAGAUUAGUAUAAAACAUUUUUUUCGUGUGUUCAACUAAAAUAUACAUGGAUUUUUGGGGAUGAAAUUUUAUAACAUAUAAAUGGAUAUCGUACAAUAAGUGCCAUCAGUUUAACAAAGUUUAAACGUUAAAAACGAGCAAACAUGCGUGGAAAUACUGGUAGGAAAUUUUUUAGUGUUUAGUGCACCAUUUUUCACACAACUUAGCAACCAUCGUUUAAUACUUUGUCAAACUUAUGGUAGAGAUGCCAUGUUACACACGUUAAUCUUUUAAUUCAAACCUCCUUCGUCAGUUCUUAAAAAAAAACAAGUUCAACGCGUCAAAUAAACCGCGAAAGCGACUGUCUGUGGUUUGACAAGAGUUUUGUUGGCCAAUCGCAAUCUUACGAACUGUCGUAGCGUCUUUCGUUUUAAAUACUCAUUGUAUGAAACGAAAGACGCUCCCAAUGCUUGCCUAAAAUAAUUUUCUCACGUCCUUUACUUGAGACCGUGAAUUCUAUUCGAAAUACUAAUUUAAACAAGUAAAAUACAAUUUGUAUUAUGACAGCUUGAGGAUGAAAAAAGCCGGGCGCAUCGUUUAAGCUAAUUAUUUGGUUAAUUGUUAGAAACUUUAUUAGACGAAGCGCUGUAGAACUAGAUACUUAAAUAAAUUACUAUUUUAUUUAUAAGGUGUUUGUAAAAUAUUCUGUAAAUAUUUAAUUUUAAGAAAGCCAUAGUAUGCCUUUU